UUGAAUAUUCAAUCCAAAACAUUCUCAACUAAUUUGAAUAAAAUAAGUUGGAUCAGCAUCCGCGUGCUCGAUCGCGCAUCACUUUCUUCGAGUCCACUUCCAUGGCAGAUCGGAAUCCCAGCUUAAACGCCGCCCAUUUCGUUGAUAUUCGAAGCGGUUUCUGUCCUCAGACGAAGAUUUUCCGUAGCCUCCGACCACCCCUCAUAAUUCCGCCAUUAUCUCAGCCUCUCUCCGUUACCGAACACGCCCUUUCUCUCCUUCAAUCGUCCCCUCCUCCUUCAAAUGCCGCCGUUCUCGUCGACUCCAACUCCGGUGUUCAUCUCUCCUAUGCCAUUUUUCUCCGUCAAAUACGAACCCUUGCCUCUAAUCUUAAAGCGUUAACCUCACUCUCCAAUGGUCAAGUGGCUUUUAUUCUCGCACCGACUUCUCUGGAAGUCCCUGUGUUGUAUUUUGCUCUGUUAUCUCUCGGUGUUGUUAUCUCUCCGGCUAAUCCGAUUGGUUCCGAUUCGGAGAUUUCUCAUCAGAUUCGACUCAGUCAACCGGUCAUUGCCUUCGCUACAUCCUCGACGGCGUCCAAGCUCCCCAAGCUUCCACUCGGCACCGUCCUGAUCGAUUCUCCUGCGUUUCUCUCCAUGAUGACCGAAAUCAAUAGAUCUGAUGGUAUUGCCGACGUUAAAGUCGAUCAAUCCGACUCGGCGGCGAUCCUGUACUCGUCAGGAACGACAGGGCGAGUGAAAGGCGUGUUACUGAGUCAUCGAAACCUUAUUGUGGUGAACUCUAGUCCUAAUCCUCUUCUAUCUGAGGUCAACAACGGAGAGACGGAGCCACGUCAGGUGUCUCUGUGUCUGUUGCCUCUGUUCCAUGUUUUCGGAUUCGUCAUGUUGCUUCGAGCGAUUUCACGAGGAGAAACAUUGGUUCUGAUGCAAAAAUUCGACUUCGUGGAGAUGCUAUCAGCAGUAGAGAAGUUUGGAGUUACGUACAUCCCAGUUUCUCCGCCGCUAGUGGUGGCGCUGGCCAAGUCGGAACUGGUGGCGAAAUACGAUCUCAGUUCUCUUCAAGUUUUGGGGUGCGGCGGCGCUCCUCUUGGGAAAGAAGUCAUCGAGAAAUUCCAUCAGAAAUUGCCCAAAGUUGAAAUUAUCCAGGGAUAUGGGUUGACAGAGAGUACAGCGGGGGCAGCAAGAAGUAUGGGGCCCGAGGAAAGCAGCAACACGAAGUCAGUAGGCCGCCUAUCUGAAAACAUGGAAGCCAUGAUUGUGGAUCCUGAUUCUGGAGAGGCCUUGCCUCCUGGCCAUAGAGGAGAGCUUUGGCUGCGUGGUCCAGGAAUCAUGAAAGGUUAUGUAGGAGAUGCCAAGGCAACUACCGAAACCCUGCAUCCAGAUGGAUGGCUAAAGACCGGUGAUCUUUGCUAUUUUGAUUCCGAUGGAUUCCUCUACAUUGUUGAUAGAUUAAAAGAAUUGAUCAAGUACAAGGCUUAUCAGGUCCCACCUGCAGAAUUGGAACAUUUGCUUCAAUCCAACCCUGAAAUCAUUGACGCUGCUGUGAUACCCUAUCCCGAUGAAGAUGCUGGAGAGAUUCCUAUGGCUUACGUUGUUAGAAAGCCUGGAAGCAAUAUCACUGAGGCUCAAGUUAUUGAUUUCAUUGCUAAACAGGUUGCACCGUACAAGAAAAUUCGACGAGUUUCGUUUAUCGACGCGAUCCCGAAAUCGCCUGCCGGGAAGAUUCUGAGGAGGGAGCUGACCCAACAUGCUCGCUCUCAUGGUUCUAAUAAGCUCUAAGGAAGAUAUGUUCCCAUGAAAAUGCACGUAGUUUUGCACCACAGAAACUUCAAAAACAAAAAUAAAAAUAAGAUUUUAAAAUUAAAAAUAAAAAAUCUUAUUUUU